UGACUUGUUUUGCAUAGACGAUCACGUGACUCAUAAGUGUUGGAGUGGUACGAUUGAUCGGUGCGUGAGGCGAUCAGAAGGGCCGUGUCUGCCAUUUCAUCAAGACGGAUACUGAAAAUGGGUGCACGAGUGUCAAGAGAAGAUUACGAAUGGGUGUACACAGAGGAACCACACGCGACACGAAGGAAAGAAAUUAUGGCAAAAUACCCACAAAUAAAGAAGCUGAUGCGACCAGACCCCAAUCUGAAGUACAAAGUUCUGUUCCUGGUAUCCCUGCAGAUUCUGGCCAUGUCUAUCAUCUCCUCCCAGUCCUGGAUGGUAGUGUUCCUCAUGGCUUACGUAUUUGGGGGGACCAUCAACCACUCCCUGAAUCUUGCCAUUCAUGAAAUUGCUCACAAUCUUGCGUUUGGACACAGUCGUCCUCUAGCAAACAGAAUCCUGGGAAUGAUCGCUAAUCUACCCAUCGGUGUUCCCAUUUCUGUCUCAUUCAAAAAAUAUCACCUAGAGCAUCACCGUUACCAAGGUGAUGAGAAGAAGGAUGUGGAUAUUCCCUCUGAUUUUGAGGGUAGGAUGUUCAAUCGUACAUUCACAAAAUUGAUCUGGGUGAUUCUCCAACCCUACUUCUAUGCAUUCCGACCCUUGUUUAUACGACCGAUGCCAGUCUCGACACUGGAGAUUGUCAACUUCAUAGUUCAAGUGACCUUUGAUGUUAUAGUGUAUAAGUACUUUGGUAUCAAGGCCAUCUUCUAUUUUAUACAAGGGACUUUCCUAGGCACUGGACUACAUCCAAUGUCAGGACAUUUUAUCUCCGAGCACUACAUGUUUAUUAAAGGCCAGGAGACUUAUUCGUAUUAUGGUCCCUUGAAUCUCUUAACCUUCAACGUAGGAUAUCAUAACGAACAUCAUGAUUUUCCCAGCAUCCCUGGGUGUCGUCUACCAGAGGUAAAGAAAAUUGCGCCAGAGUAUUACGACAACCUGCCUCACUAUGACUCUUGGGUCAAGGUCAUUUAUGACUUUAUAACGGACCCCGAGAUAGGGCCAUAUUCUAGAGUGAGAAGAAAUAUUAAGGAAUCGGAAGAAAAAAAGGAUAAUUAUGCAGAAAUCUGCAGAUUUCCCAGUACCUCUCACAUGAGUCAAAAGCCCCUUGUUAAAGGACAGACAGAAAAACACACAAUACAAAAAUACACCAUCCUGAAACUGAGAUUCUAUGGUUUGCAAUAUCGUCUAUUUCAGAAUGGGUUUGAGGAGUGUUAUUUAUUUGAUCCACAAAUCCUACAUGAUCUGGAGUUUGGGGAUCAGAAAUGUGCCAGCUACAAGCCGGAAAUCAACUUGACAGAUCCCGGGGAGGGGCUAAAAAUAAGGCCUCUGUGUAUCUCAGACUAUGAUAAAGGUUACCUUUCACUCCUCAAACAACUUACAGAAGUUGGUGACAUUUCCAAGGAACAAUUUGAAGAGCGAUUCCAGUUAAUGAAGUCCCAGUCAAACCUGUACUACACGGUAGUGAUAGAGGACACAGUCACCCACCAAGUUGUUGGAUCCGCCACUCUAGUGACGCAACUGAAGUUUGUUCUACAGUGUGGUAUUAAAGGCAGAAUAGAAGAUGUGGUUGUGCAUAGUUCAUAUCAAGGAAAACAAUUAGACAAGCUGUUUGUUGAUGUUUUAACGUUACUAAGCAAGAAGCUUGGCUGCUUUAAGGUUUCCGUUGAGUGUCAAAAAAGAAUGAUCCCAUUUUAUUCCAAAUUCGGAUACAUUAAGGCAGAAGGACGUAACUUAAUUCUACGGCGACACGUACCCAAAUAGGUCAAUCGUCAAAGUGAAGAGGAAGUGACACAGAAUU